CUCCGAUGAAAAUAAAGGUCUAUUUGAGCCACGACUCUCAAAAAGGGAAACAGUUUGUUAUAAAGUGAUUUCUUAGUUUUGCCUAGGGCAAAGCACCUGCGAAAGUCGUUUUAUUUCCGAAUUUCAAAGGAAAAUUUCCAUAAAUUUUGAAAAAUAAGGAAAACUUCCGUGUUUUGUUUGCAAGAAGUGCCGUGAUGUUUACAUGUGGUCAUUUAAAAUACUGGAUAAUUAUGUCAGGUUGUGGAGCUGAAAAACGGAAAACUAUCGAAGAAACAGAUCCAGCCAUUCUUGUUGUUGCAGCUUGUCUUUAAUCCGCAUAUUUUUUGAAGACAAUAUCAUCCUGUGGUUUUGAGCUACGCUAUAUUAUUUUUUUCAGGGGAACAGCUUUUCCGACGACAGAGCAUUUUAAAACCACCGAAAUACGAGAGAUAAGAUAGAUGAAAUAAAAUAAAACAUAAAAAAGUAAUCCUGUCUGUUUAAUACGGGUUAAGCAUCAACUCUAACAUCUUUCCGUAAUGAAAAAUAUCAUAUGCUCCAAAAAUAUGGAACACUAAGGUGAAAAUGGUUAAUAAUUUAGGUACGAGCGAACAUCAAUUCGCGUACGGUACGUCUAGGCCCGGUUCGCACUGGAGCGAAUUUUGUUUAUCUUUCAGCCGUUCAGGAUUUCGUCACUUUGACAAGAUAUCACUGAACAAUAAUGUUUUGACAGCCGUGAUUUUGAUAUGACAAUUUUCGACACAUUUAUUAGGGGCUUACAGCGCAGGAUUAGUCUUGUGGUUUGUAACUGGCAGGCAAUAGUAUUUCUCAACGGAGUGAUUUUAAUAAUUUUUCUCUCCAAGGGUAACAUAAACAACAUGUGGUUUUUAAAGUCAACACGAUCUCGCUUGGGAAAAUACAUUUUCUGAAUAACAAUGUGAUAAUUUAGUAUCGGGACUCAAUGACCAAGAAAUCGUGAACUGGUGAUCUUUGAAUACGCAUUGCUUGAAACUAUGCACAGGUAGGCGACUUUUCCUUUCUUUAACUUAGAUAAUGUUAUUCACGCAAGGAGAUGUGGUUGUAUCAAGUCUGUGUUCGAUCGCGCGUGAAAUAUUUGGAAAUGUUGGACCAUGACUACGACAUUUCACUGAUGCUUUGUUUGCGGAUAAAAAUUUUGCAGAAUGUUCUUUACGCUCACGUUUCUGAGAUUUAGUGUGGUUUUCUGUUGAUGAUUAUCUUACUUCUAUAACAUAUACUGAGUAAAUAUACUCACAUUGAACAUUCAGUUCAAUCGUGCUUGGAGUUGUGAAGAAACUGCUGUAGAAAGCACACUGAUAAAACGUGUGAUCCUUAACGUUUAUAUUCUUCAAAGUCAAGCUGCCCUCAGUGAAUGAAAUGCGUCCGGGAUCAUCAUGUAUAAUUUUGCUACCAGUCAAUUUCGAUUUUGCGGCCAAACCAGUCCAGUUUUUGCUGUUCAUGGGCUCUUCUCGCGUCCAUGUUAUCAAAUGGAAUACAUCGGCUUCCUGCUGCUCUUCUGGAGUGAGAAUAUAUUCGCAAGGUAGCGUUAUAUCUGACCCAACAGCUACAUCUAUUACAUCGCUUUCUUGUUGUCGAAGCGACCACUGAAAUCCAUCUGAAAUAAGACAAAAAUGAAUCAACAAGGCAUCUAAAUUUCCGAAUAAAAUGACAUUCGAUUACGUCGGCCGCCGUUUCAACUAAUCACCACUGUAACGGAGGUUUAAACAACAAGUUUUAACCCGAUGGAGUUGUAUAUCAUUUUCUCCAGAUAUGGUAAAGACACGUAAACAAAGGUAUCACUUAGUUUUUCCGUACUUACCUAGUAAAAUAAAGUUAUGAAUCAAAAAGAAAAUGCCGCAAACAACGUUAAAGUUAUAAACCUCCAUCGAUCGUCGUUUGUUCGUUCCUUAUAAUAGCUCAGGCAUGACAUCCUUUUGUAUUUGUGCUUAUUCUCGGCUUCUGACAGCCACUCGACUUUCAAUAACCCUCCGAGGCCUCCGUUAUUACGUCAGAUGUCUGCGUCAAGGGUAAAUUCUUUUAUUUGCAUGUAUAAAUGUUUUCAACAGAAACAGGAAAGAAAGUGAAAAUGUUUCCGGAACGUUCCCCGCCUGCAGCAAGUAAAAUUUACAUCGACUGAGGUUCAGCGUGACACGUAUCGUUGAAAGUGGUAUCGUUUUCGGUAAAACAAAAGGAAAUUGAGGUAUUCGUAGAAUUUCGCUGACGAAGGUAUGAAAUAUGUCGAUUUUUACUUUAAUUUCCGGGGUAAACUGCACUUUCUGACAACUUUUGUUGGUCGACGAUCCAACACCAGUGAAACAGCGGCUUAUUUGACACCUGCAUCUGAGGAGUGAAAUGGAGCAUGUAUGGAAAUCUAUUACAAGUAUUAAGAUUUGUAUGUAGUAGCAUCGAUUAUAUUGAAAUACAACGCAUAAAUUAUACUGUGGACUUUAAAGGGGCACAGUCACGACUCGCGCAUGCUCAUUGAGUUCAUCCUACUCAGGCACGGUCCAUGUUGGAUUUUGAAGGUCGGAGCAAAAAGAUCUAAAAAUUACCUCGUUUUCACGUGUUUUACCUCCUUUGAUUACUUAAAGAGAAACUACAAUUACAAGUCAGUCUUUCGUAGUUUUAACAUGCCAUCGAGGGGCAAGAUUCGUAUGAUUCUACCAUUAUGCUGUUGUGACGACGAAAAUUUUCAUCAAUAUGUCUCAAUUAAUUCUUUUAAAAGGUAUUGAAGAUAUCUGUGUACAGUGGAAUCUCGAACGAACCUCUAACGGAUAAGUCCUCGGUAUAUCCGCUCUGGGACGAAGUUAAGCUUAUUGACCGAGACCCUCACUGGUAGUCUCAUAGAGUUAAAGAGACUAUCCACAUGAGACUUCACGCUAACAACAUCUACAGGGACAGUGGAAUUGAGAUUCCUGAAGCGUGGAUGCCUACAAAAAAAAAACAUGACAACCGACCUCACUUACCUCUACCACGGCGGACCGCCGGGGGAUCAGUUUCUUCCUCUCACAAUGUCAAUAAUGCCUUGGCUCGAAACCCACCAACCAUGAGCGAGGUUUGAGAUACACCAAUCACUAACAACCACGGUGGUACAAACAGUUCGACUCAGUAAAUCGACACUACCUGCAGUGUGCUGUCGAAACGUCGCAAUCAAUAUCAAAGUGACAAUCGUGAGACAAACUAUAAAACUAAACCCUUUAUAAACUUUUUUCACAUAACAAAAUAUAUGAAAGAGACCCCCGAAACAACGAAACCUCGUUAUAGCAACAGAUUUUGCCAGUCUUUUUGCCCUUCGUUAUAUCGAGGUUCCGUUUUAUAAUUUUCAGUUAAAUGGUUCUGGUAGUUUUGUUUGGCACCAAAAACAGGAAUGUAGCAUUUACAAAAUACCGCUAAAUUUUUUGCUUUCUCUUGAGAGGAAGCCUGGUAUAAUCCACACAAAUGGUGCAGACAUUUUCGCUCGUUUCCGUAAAAGCGGUAAAAAGAUAAUGCCUCGGACGGAAGGUAAUACCUUUUUUCCGAAGAAUUUUCACCGCGUACGUUGAACCGUUCCGUUGAAUUCUUAUCGGGAUUUCUCACCGGAAUUAGCGGGUUUUCCAUGCAAAUUGUAAGGUGAAGUAUUCUUUCUAAAGUGAAAUUACAGUGUAAUUUCGUUUACGAUCAUUAUAUGUUACAUGAUGAAAUUUACCUUCCAUACAACAGCUCUUCAAUUUGUGUUGAUUCAGCUGAAAAUUGAAUAAGAUGAGAGGGGUCUUUUCAAUAAUACUGCCGCGCCAUGUGUGAAAAUUUUGUCGCCCUGCAAUCAAACCGUUGUGACAUUCUUAGCUUCCACUACCCUGGGUACCAGAGGUUUUUCUCGCUUGCAGCGGGAAGUUUCGGUGUUGGCCGAAGGCCGACACGUCUUCGGCCGUAGGCCGAAGCCACGAGCGGCGACGCCGCGAGAAAAACCUCUGGUACCCAGGGUAGUGGAAGCUAAGAAUGUCACAGAAUUUCGUAAAAAAAAAUAACAGUUUGAUUUUCGCGCGUGUCACUAUAAAGACUUGACAGAAACCGGAAACCGCGCUAGAAAAGUCUCUGGCACCCAGGGUAAGCUUCCACCUGGUUUUGUAAAUGCAAAAUAUUUUUAUAACUACGGAUAAUUUCGCUCCUUUUUCUUUCCUGCAGGUAAACAUAUUUCUGGAAUAUAUUCAUGAACAUAAAUGUCAGCAACAUUCCAAGGUACAUUACAAGCCUGAACUCAUUCUAUGUUUUGCUACGGUUUGCUUGUACAUUUUAUAUGGACGCUUUUCUUCCCAUAUUAGAGUGCUAAAUCACAUUAACAAAAGACUUACUGGAAUCCCUGAUAAUAAACGUGAGGUUGUGUUUUUUGUUAAUCAAUACAUGACAUCCAGAAAAUAUGUAGUUUUCCUAUUCAAUAAAAUAACAUUGAAUUAACAAACUUCAAAAACGCUAGUUUUUUUUUCAGAGUUUUUGUGUGUUUGUGUGAAUGUUGUUGAUCAACAACAAACUACGACAAUGCCAUGGCUUAACUUAACAUCUGUAUGGGGAAGAACUAAAACUAUAGAAUCGAUCUUUGUGUUUUGUACAAAUUGACGUCAGUUUUUAUGUGUUUUUUGUAUCAACAACAGACUUCGACAAUGUUUAUGACGUAAUUUAUCAUCUCUAAAAAAACUUGUGUCAAUUUGAUUUUUACAUUCAAAUAUUGACAAAUGUCAAACACUAGCCAUAGCAAAAAUGAAGAAAAAAGACAGGGUAAAUCCAAACUGAUAUUAUUAUUAUAAUGACUUCUAUUCAAACUAGUACAAUAUUGCUAAUAACACGUUUGGCAAUUUCAUUGGCUCCUGAGAACCAGCAGAGGAAUUUCAUUGGCUACAAGUUUGACAGCUCGACUGAGUCUACUGUUUGCAUAAAUUUGGAAUUCACUUGUUAUUCAGAGUUCAGAACCAGAAUGCGAUCAAAGACGUUUACCGCUUUGAAUUUCACUUCUGGUGCUCUCGUCUGGCAGUUCUGAAAAAAACAUCGCGGAGCAGAAAAUCUUGUACCAGUUGAUUUAUUUAAAGAAAAAAAGUUAUCUUGUUUUUCACCACUGAGGUUUGGAAAUAAACCAAAGGUAAGAUUUAAAGGCGUGUUAUUUCUCAGUUAUGAAGUUUUUCCAAAACGGCUGUUUUGCUCGACGUGAAAGGACCAGGAAAGCACUUCACCGUUAACAGAAUAAAUGUGUUCGUAGCAUGUUCUUUGCUUAUAGUGGAAUAAUGCUAUUAAUAACAUUCUUCAAUCUUUUAUAAAUUUUCAUACUUGAAAAUAACUAUAGACAUAAAAUUACAAAUGGCUCAGCAAACAUGCAUCCCAGUGAUAGGCUCUAAAACCCGUAUCCUAGGUUCUGAGAACCAAGUUGGUCGCUGACUUCAUCUUUCGUUGCUUUCUAUAAUAUCACAGGUUUUGCAUCAGCAUCAUUAUAGCCUUUUUCUCUCCAAGAGGGCGCAUGCGUCAUGUGCUUUACAAAGAAAACAACAUUGAAGUCCCACAAAGGCUCCUUUUUCAGAAGUUAAAAUUUCCGAUCCAUAACGUUAUUUACAUUGACGCACUAAUCACUGAACUUCAGAGCUCAGAACUUCAGACUUUAAAACCUGUGGUUGAUAAAAGUAUCAAAGUAAUUAUACCAUCCGACUAAAGGUACGGAAAAACGGGCAACAAAAAACGUGCAACUUGUCUUGCAACAUUGCUGUAAAACGAGUUGAAUAGCGAUGUCGCGCGUUUUACCCCCAACGUUCAAACCCGUCAACAAACUGAUUUGUUGCAAGUUUGAUGUGGGUGGUAAAACGCGCAACAUCGCUAUUCAACUCGUUCUGCAGCAACGUUCAAAGACAAGUUGGACGUCUUUUGUUGCCCGUAUUUCCGUGCCUAAACGUUUUCUUGCUCUUCAUUCAUCAUGCAUUUAGAUCUAAUAUUUGAUCAAUAAGGCUGUGUACAUACUAAUACCUGAUAGCUUUUCCUGUCGGCACGAAAAACUAACAUGGCCUAAGUAAAAUCGCAAAAAAUGCCAAUAACACUGUAGAUAAAGAGCAGAAGCAUUAAGACCGAAUCCACCAAGAAAUUGAGAAAUUUUAAUUUUCAGUGGACAAAAACCUUGUACCAGAAUAUUGCGAAUCUUUUCUGCAUUUUUCAAGGGCUAUCGAUGUAAUUAGUCAUCUGUAAUAACACCAAAGAAAAUUUCUUAUGGGAGUCCGAGAAAACAAAUGUCAAAUUUCACAAGAAUUGUGAAAACGCAGGUAAAAUCCUGAAAAUUACAUGUGUAAGAUUAGCCUGAAUUUCAGACGAUUACUUCGAGUCGUUUUCUCUCAGUUACUGAGGGAGUGAAAACGACGCGAAGUUAUCGUCUGAAAUUCAGGUACAGAUAACUUAUUACAUCUUUAGCCCUUGAAAAAUGUGAAGAAGAAUGCAAUACGCUUUAAAUUAUUCUGGUACAAGGUUUUUGUCCACUGAAAAUUUAAAUUACUCAAUUUCCUGGUGGUUUACGUCUUAAAAAAUUGCAAUUGUUUGCACUGUAGUUGCUUUCUCUUACAGAUCCGAAACCCACUACCAGAGGAUGAGUAACAAUUGGCAAUGGUCAAAGUAGCAGUUGUGGUACUCUUGUCACUGUUCACGUUGUCUGGUAAGACUUAACAACCAACAAAAAGCAACAACAAUUAAAUUUUGUCUCACAUAUAAAGAACAUGAUAAGAAUAUAUCUAGUAUUAAAUUAGGGCAAACAAUAACUUAGAGUAGUAAAAAAACUAAACGCGCUGAGAAGUCACAAAAAUUAUUAUGUAGUUUCUAUAAUACUUAAACCGCGCGGCGCGGUGUGCGGCGGUACAGUUAAUUCGAGGCGUCUUAUAGGUCCUUAUACAGCUUCGUCUUAGGGCAAUUUAUUCCGCUGUCUUAUCAAACAUCGUAUCAAAAACUACAAUAAAAUAAAUGUCGUAAGAACACUACGAAUAAAGGAAAACUAAAAAUAAACUCUAAUGUAUAGUGUCCAGAAAUAUACGAACAAGCAAACAAACAACUAUCACUCUCCGCCAGCAUUAUGUAAAAGAAAUUUGCCGCCUAGCGUUUGGUUAUGCGUGUAGUUAUUGAACAAGGUAUGUGACCAAGCAUAAGCUGCUAUAUCUAAGCGUGACGAAAUGUACGUGAGAAUUGGCGGGAAAGGAAAGAAAGUGUGAAAUGAAAAAAUGAAAGCCGGAAAGGAAUUUUGAAAUCGUCCGUUUCCAAACAGCUAGCAUAACGCGAGAGUGUCUAAAGAAAAUUUUGGUUAUUGAUUAUUGAAAAUGAUUAAUCCAUAGUAUUUGUGUUAUUAAAUAGAUUCUUUUUCGUGGAGAACUAAACAGCCAAACGAAGUCCGUAUAGGAGCACCCGCCACACUACAAUGGACGGUGUCAUUAACCGCAGAAGAAACAUCGAAAGCAAAUCGCUUUUCACUGAUCAUCUUGGAACGCGAAAUGUUCCUAUACAGCAAUCUGUGGCAGAUUAUGGCAGUGAAGCAGUUUUCUGGUGGAGUUUACCAGGAAGUUGGCAACACAGAUACUUUCGAUGUCAUUCAAGGAAAUGACAUGAAACUCCGGUUGAACAACGUCACAGAUACCGAUGGCACGCGGUUUCGCUGUACAUUUCUCAGCUCCUUUUCAGCACCAAAGAGUAUAAUUCGAGUCCAAAUAACAGGUAAGGCUAUGUAUGUCUGGAUGUUAUGAAAUGAUAGUACCAGCUAUUUGAGUCUACAUCGUGUAAGCGAGUAUACAGUGCGACUACUAUUACGGGGGCCCCUUAGACAAAGCUGACCAGUCGGAUUACAGGAAAAGAACAACACAUUCCAAGAAAGUUAGUUGUGGGCCAAUCAGCAGGUCUCAAAAAUACAAUAAGUUACUCUAAGCACAAAAUUUAAAUAUUGAUAACAAAUGUUUUUUAAGAAAACAAAAUGUUUCACCAGACAAUGCUUUUCAAUUCGAAACGUUACAUAUAACACCCAGAAGACAUGUUUGUUUGACACAAGCUGUUUUUUUUUAUCUACUAGCAAUUUCUUCGCUACAAUGCCUCGCAAAAUUGAGAACGAUUUUGCAAUUACAUUGUAGGCUUAGUAUCGCUAACUCACCUUACUUUUAAUCGUGGGUCAACAAAAAAAGGGGACCUCCGGAGCCUGUGGGGGGAGAGGGGUGCCCACCCGCCGCACCUCUCACCCUACGGGCCUGCCAUUGCUGCGCUUUGCAAUAACAUCAUGACCUCAAGUCAAAAAUUUAUCUUAAAUGUUUACGUUUUUUUGCCUGCAUCUUUCACGCUAUGCCUCACUUUGUCUCAAACACCUCAAACACCUCACUAUGUCAAGCCACGUCAGCAGUGUAUUUGCGGUUCAGCAUCUCUUGCACUACGAAAUAUAUGUAGGGCUAGGAAAUACUUAGAUCAAACGAGCACUUUGCCUUGUUCUUGCAUUCAUCUCAUCCUGACUCGACUUUUGUAGUAGCUUAUCAUACGGUUUACCAGCAAAGGAAACUUGCUUUCAAUUUUGCAGUAAACUCGAUGAAACCUCUUGGAAUAUAGAUAGUGAAUAAUUGGUCUCGUAUGAUGGGUGGUUGCUCAUAAAGGCUUGACUGGAGUUUUUCGCGUAAAAAGAUAACUGGCAUCCAAAUUUUGAACGAAGUUUGAAAGAUGAGAACAUUUUUGAACCUACCCGUUUAGUGCCGCUGAAUCUCUACCUAAAUGGCAAUAGACUUUUUUUUGUCGCAGUGCAUUGUUACAUUAAUUUUCCGCUUCAUGUUUUUAUGUUUGCGUUUGACCUUUUCUGGGUGGCUUUGUGGUGAAGAAUACUUCAAGUAAGUGGACCAAGAUUUACAAACGAGCGAUGCAUGUAGGGUAACUUUAUAAACUUGAACUGUCAAGUGGUUCCAAAUUCAAGUUAAAGUCAUGUUUUGCUUUGAAUGGCGCUUCCAAUUCAGUAUUGGUGUACGUGAGGGAUCAAUCCAUCGGAUUUGGUCGAGGGUUCUUUCAGGUGAUUGCCGCAUGCACAAUUUAAACGAAAAUUUCCCUUAAACUUCUUCAUAAUUGAUCAAGUUGAUUUAUUUUCUUCUCUUGUUAGAUCUUCCCAUUAAAGUUCGUCUCGUUGGUGGCGAAACUCCUAAUAAAGGUCGAGUAGAAGUAUAUCAUAAUGGGUUUUGGGGCACCAUAUGCACUGAAGGUUGGGAUCUGCUGGAUGCGUCAGUUGUGUGUCGAAUGUUGGGAUACACGGGAGCUUGGUCCGCCGGCUGCUGCACUGAAUACCAAGGCAAUACUGGUCCGGUGUGGCUGAAUGAGCUUUCCUGCACCGGAAAAGAAACGUCCUUAUCAGAAUGCGGCCACAGUGGUUGGGGUGUGAGGAACUGCGACCAUAGAAAAGAUGCGGAAAUAAUAUGUCAUAUUCCGUUUACAAGAAUACCACCAUAUUCCAGUAUAGAACCUACAACAUCCGCAAUAGUGUCAAACUCCAACCGUCACCACACAAUAACAACUACCGUAGCAAUAUUAUCAUCGAUACAACCCAUCGUGCAAUCCACAAUUCAAUCCUUGUCAUGUAGAACUCGUAUACAAUCUACGUCUUCUCUAGGGCAUUCAUAUUUUACGGCUACUUUCCAGUCUGGUUCACUCACACAAGCUGUGUCCUCCAUCGUAUCUCGUUCUUCAGUGAUACUACCUACCACGCCACUCAUUCCUGGUUUGCUUCCUGGUAAGUAGUCUAGAGAUUGAUUGAUAAAAACAACUGUUACACCGCCACUAAGUUGACCAUUAAGGACAAUAACCAGCGCGAUGUACGCCGCUUUGACUCUGAUUAUGACCGUUGAGGUUGUUGAGACACUAGCUGAGUAACUUUCAACUACAGGUUUUCUUACACCUGGACGAUCAUAUCUCACUUUCUUAUGAGAUUACAAAUGGGUUCAAGGAUAAAUUGAUGUUGAUGCCCACUGGCCUUGCGCCGUUUUGACAAAAAAUCCCUGCUGGAAAUUCCGAAAAUAUCAUAUAACAAUUAGACCUUUGCUUUCUGUUUGCACAAACCUACCUAACCAGCUUGGUGGAGUGAUCAGCGCGUCGGCCUCGCAAUCCUGUAGUUCUAGGUUCAAGCCCCGUUUUUAGCUCUUUUUGGAUUUGUCCCGAGUUCAAAACCUCGGUCAUGCUUGUAAACAGAAAACUGGUUGCCUCCUGCCAGUUGGAAUUUUUUAUCCUGUGAUGUUCUGUUUGAAUGUAUUACUUGGUUUAAACCAUGUACGUGGAAUGCCUGCAAACUAGCUAGAGCGGAUAAGUGCAAUUCCACUAUUAUAAUCAUUAAAUCAAUCAUUGGCUCAGUAGAAAGCGCGGGUCAAUUUCUUUGGUGUCCAACAGACUCUAAAUACUUUCACGUACUUGCGCUACUUGAGUAAGGCUAUGUUCACAAUAUACUAGAUAGCUUUACGAACUGACAAGAAAGAAUAGGUAUCCGCUAUCUAUUUUAUGAACACCUAUCCGACUCUCCACUUAGGAGACUGGCGCGGCGCAGCUUCGUUCCGUUAAAGAAAUUACCGUUCUUGUAUAUGAACAGAAGCCCUAUCCGCCGUGGUUUUCCGGCGCAAAAGCUAUCUGGUAUAUUGUGAACAUAGCCUAAAACAGAUACGCAGAAAUUGUGUUUGAUCUUUCAUCUUUCUUUAGUGUUAUACGUCGAGUUGCUGGAUGAUCUGUAUGGUUUUCCCAGUCAAGGCCGUGUGUCUGUCUACUUCAAUGGCCAGUGGGGAACGGUUUGCGACGAUUCUUGGGACUUAAAUGAUGCAAAUGUAGUGUGUCGCAUGCUAGGAUACCCAAGGGCUGUUGGGUACACAACACUUUCUAGAUUCGGUGGUGGAAAAAAUGGGCCCGUGUGGCUGGAUGAAGUGAAGUGCAGAGGCGAUGAGAGUACACUUGCAUUGUGUGUACACGCCGGCUGGGGAAACAGUGAUUGUGAUCAUACUGAAGACGCAGGAGUCAUAUGUGACUUCAACUACACAGUAGCUGCCAAGGGUGAGGUUGACUAAAUUGAAAGUUUUCAUCACGUCCUUUAAAACUGUGACUAAAAAGCAAAAUUCAUUGGGACACUUGAUGGUGGUCAGUUAAAGAUUCACGUGUGAGCACCUUUUCAUAAUUAACCAUUAGGACUUUUACAAUUACGUUGCCUUUUGCUUUAAAAGUGAUGAAGGUAUGAAAAGCAUGCCGUUUAACAACGAUACGAAAAAUAAGAAAACGGGCCUACUUUCAUGUUCUACUAAACGUAGCGUUGUUCAGACAAUCAGGGUCCAUAAUAACCCCUUUCGAGUCACUUGAGGCUGUUUUCUGCACAAAUAAGAACUCAAGAAUGCGCUUAGACUGCAAAGCAGUCGGGCUUUCCCCAUAAAAGUUCUUUUGAAGGUGUCCGAGUGAGUUUUUCGCACGAAUAGAAAAGCGCGAGCGUCACGCGCCCGUAAGAAGAAAAAUAUCUUUUCGCGUCUCUCACCAGUCUGAAACUUUGCUUUCACCCUCGCUCCAGGACUUUUGUUUAACCGCUCCCUCAUGUUUGAUCUGAUCAUCUACGCAAAAGUACGGGCUGUAUUGACUAAGUUUACAUUUGUUGGUACAUAAAGUCUAUUUCUUUUAGGUUUUGAAUAUUCUUAGAAGAAAUUCGCGUAUGAAACGUAUCACAUCUCGCGCAGGUCCGAAACAAUGGCAAUUUCACUCUGCACUUGUCCUACACUCCUAACUUGUUGACUUCAACACAGUAGGUUUUUCUCUAAACAAUCUGUUUUUUAAGGCGCCAGCAUAACUUAUUUUAGCCCUCGCUUCAGCUCGCGCGUUUCUAACCUGCGCAAAAAUAUGGGCUGUUUUGCAGUCUAUUGAAUGUGGUAAGGAUCCCUCACAAGGCGACCACAUUGAAUAUUCUUUACAGAUAUUGCCUGUACUAGCGACCAAAUUUUCAAGGCAACGUAAUCGCUAAUCGCUCCCAUGUACGUAAACUACUAACUACAGUACUUAUAAUUUGCCUGCAGAUGCUAGCUGUAACUUUGACAUAUGGUACUGUGGUUGGGAUAAUGGGCCUGAUAGCUCGGCGUUUAAGUGGAUUCGCCAUGCUGGUCCUACACCAUCGCGUGGCACUGGACCAUCAAAAGAUCACACCUCAGGACAAGGUGAGGGCGAUAAUGGCUUUUUACUAUUCAUUCAAAAAAUAUUUCCCCGAUUCUGAUUGGUUUAAAGCACACGCAUAAUUCACCAUAACCGGUUACUGAUGACCAAAUUUGGAAGAAUUUCGUAUUUAACGAGGAAAUGACGUCGAAAAUGCAGCGUUCUUGCAGGUUAAUGCACCGUUAACCGAGAACACCUGGGGAAGAGGCUGAGUUGUUUUGGAUGUGAAAACAAAAAAUGGCGGACAUUUUACUUGUUUCAAGAGUAAGAACUAAGCGAAAUUAUAGCUAAAAACAUGACAAGAACAGCAAGAAGACAACUCGAAGGGCGACAUCUGCUAUUUGGAGAAUAUUUGCGACUACACUAAACGUGCACUAUCGAAGGUUAACUUAACAUCGAUGGAGGUAAGCAUGUUUUAGCUUUGUUUUUAAAUUAGGAAUUAUUUUGAAUGAAUGAUAAAACAAUUAUUGAAUUCGGCUUUCGUAUCAUAUGAAGAAUUAUAGAGAUGUCAGAGGGUGUUAUUCGCCUCGGCCUACGGCUCCGACGUAUAACACCCUCCUCGAUCUCCAUAAUUCUUCAUAAGAUACUCAGCCUCAUUCAUUAAUUGUUAAUUAAUUCAUGGGCUUCUAAACUGUGUCUGUAAUAUGGAUGAAUCAAUACUUAAAAUCUGGAAAAAGCCUAUUUGCGAACAAUUAUUUGCUGUUUUCUUUAAGAGACCUCAUACACUAGUCAGUGCCAGCUGGCAACUUGGCCGACAGCCUUUUUUUCGUUUAUAAAAUUAAAUAUCAUUCUUUAUGUACUUACCUAGUAGGAUUUAUGUUGAUAGCACGAUUUGUGAUCGUUUCCACGUUGGAUAGAACAAGACGGGUUUAACACUUGUCACUGACCUACUGUCAACUGAUUAUAUGUUACUUUCCUAGUAAUUUGUAUGGGGGCAGAUUUUAACAAGAGUUGCCUUGAGCGGAUAUCUUUUGAUUUACAAAAUACGAUUAGUUUUACGAACAACUUAAAAUAGCGUCACCUUUUUGUACUGGUAUACAAGGGCGUCAGUCAACUGACGAUGGCGAAGCACUGAUUAGAUUCUCAGUUGCCAACACUUUCUUAUUUCAGGUUACUAUUUCUAUGUAGAAGGAUCAGGAAAUACGUUCAAGGUCGCCAGACUCAAUUCACCAUGGAUAGAAAGCAACGGAAGUGCUACAUGUAUGGUGUUUUACUAUUACAUGUAUGGGCAGUCUAUCAAUAGUCUUCGAGUGAAAGUUGCAGAUCAGAUUGUAUGGCAGUUGUCGGGGAAUCAAGGAAAUGAUUGGUACAGAGCCACGGUCCCUCUUAAUUUUCUCGGGAAAUACAAGGUGUGAUGAUUUAAGGAAUGCCUUAGCAAGAAUUGUUGUAGUAGGAUUUAUUGCCAAAACGUGUAUCUCUUUUGUAUAUGGAAUGUUAAUAUACCCUUGCACGGUUUCUUCAGGUUUUGACUGGGACAAGUGACCGAAAAUCCGUCAAUACUCUUGGAAAGAACUCCUUAAAACAGUCCAGUUGCCAAGUUUAAGAGUGAUUUGUUGAAAACUAACGAGAAUAUAGAUCCACAAAGUCGGAUAUUUUACAGAUGUUUGUAUGUUGAGGGGGAAAUUUCUUGGCUGCUUAAUUCGGAAGUAUUGCAUUUUAAGAACUUGGUAAGGUUACUAAUUUUAAGAGAAGCGCUUUCUAGCGGUGUCGAUGGAUACUGGCUUACUGGUCGUCAAAACUGCAGAAAAACCGUGGAGCUCUAUUUGAAGCGAGGAACUAAUUCAGUCAAGAAGAAAAAAAAAACGGUUUAUUUAGGGAGGAAACCCAAAGUGAUUAGAGUUGGAGUGGGAGAAGGGGCUUGAUCAACGUAAUAUUCUGUUUCUCACAACGGGGGGUUCCAAUGACUGUUUUUGUAAAGUAUCUGUUCGGAUAAGCAAAUACUGCCUAGAAUUUUAUAUUCCUUUUGAAGGCUAGAAAUUUCUAUAUGACCGUUCCUGUCAUGUAGAAUUCUCGAAGCUUAUCCAAUGAAUCCUAGGUUUGGUUAUUUUUCGUGAAAAACGAAACCUAUAAUUUUCGGAUUCAAGAAUGUGAUGGAAAGAGGAAUCAGAAAAAUUUUCACUUUCGAAAUACCAGGAGGGUAGCGUGACAAGGCAAGGCAAGUACGCACACGGGUCCAUGUGGUCUCAAAACUGUUUUUGCUUUCCUUUAAUACAUAUUUCGGCAGUUUACAGGCUGGUUUAAAAUAGAACGUGAUAUUAAAGAAAAGCUUUUAAAACGUUCUUCUUUGAGCUGGUACUGGAAUGUUUACAAGCACGAGGUUGAGGAGCCUCCAUUUUGGUGCGCAAAUUUAGUGUGACCUUAUCAACAUUAACAUCUUUGUCUUUAAUAUGUACAUGUAAAAUCGACAAGGAUGAAAGUAGCUCAUUUGUCAUCAUAUUACGUAGUGAAGUCUUAAGUCUUUUCAUCGAGCUGAAGCUGCGCUCAUCAGCGCACGCCGAAGUAGGGUAAGUAAGAAGUGUCUUACUGGAUAGAAGGCGGCAUUAGUUUGAUCAAGUGUUUCCAAAAGAGUCUCUGGACGGGGGCAUCAGGUGGCCUGGUUGACCAGCGGAGCCUCCACCUUGUAAUCUCUUGCUUACAGACAGUUUCCCAGUUGAGUGACUUUAAAGAAGUCUUUGACAGACUUUUUUGGACACUUAUAAAGACGAGAAAACUAAAAAAAUGAAUAGCUUUUAAAUGGGAAAACUUUCCAGAUCAAUCUUCAGUCAAUCAGGGUCUAUUCUUUUUGGCCUCGCACCUUUGUUGUACUCUGAAAAAUGUGUUUUGCAUGAAUUAUACCAGCCCCCCUCCGUUUUUUAUGAAUAUGCAUUGUAUUGUGGGAUCGCCUGAAGGCAAACAUUUCAAGAAUGGUUCGAAUUUAUCACAUUCCACUUCUCAAACUGUUGUAUUUUUGGGGUAAAAACGAUGCGGAAAAACAGCGAGACAGAAAGAGACAAAUUUGCAGAAUACAAGUUCAAGUUACGACACGGCAAAUGGCUUUUACGUGUAACAGAAAGUCUUUAAAAAAUCCCGCCCAUUUCUAGAGUACACACGUGCGUAUUUGCAGUAAGGACGCUACGUCCCUGAAUACGUUAAAUUGUAUCUAAAAUGUUCGGGAAAAUAAAACUGAGGCCCUUGUAAUUUCGAAAAGACUCAAGUUCCCCUAGGAUGACCGAACAGAUAGAAAGUUUAUAGCGCCACUUAGAAUGCAUUUCUAGAGAUCUAAAAGUACUCUGAAUAACCUUAAAAGUGAUUUCAGUGUAUUCAAUGUAUUGGUGCCCCUGACAAGAGUAGAUAAAGCCAUAACCUUUCGAUGGCCUGGAUCGGCCUUUUGUGGCUAUUUAACCUUUCUUAUUAAUUCACGAGAUGAAGCAUUUUCAAUCAUUUCUGACAUAUUUUAAGCCCAUCAAGAUGGGCUUGCCUAGAAGUGCAUUCUGGUGCUCCGUCAUUGAAGCCAACCCUGUUAUGUUCACGGCAGGCUCUAACUAUGAAAACUAAUCAAUUAUAAUCACUCUUACAUACAUAAUCGUAUUGUGAAAGACGUUCAUAUCUCGUGCUUACUCUCAUCAAUAUCAACAGUCAUUUGAGUAAUAGCUUUAAUUUUCCUAUCCUGUAGGUUACAUUUGAAGGCGUGGUUGGCCAUGAUGCCCAAAGUGACAUUGCUAUCGACGAUGUUGAGUUCCAAGAAAAUACAGUUUGCGAUAAAACGGCCGAGACCCUUCGGUAACUAGCGAUUUACAUUUAGUUGCGAUAUAUUUUAAAGUUAGUUUUCCAAAACGACGUCCAAUUUUGAUUAUAUGUGCUCUGGUGAGCUUGUUAACAAUAAGAAAUAAAUUAAACUAAAGAAUUAUAUCGCGCACUUAUCAGUAGCCUGAGAAAACAGCUCACAUUUGGCGAGGCUACCAUUGGUUUCCCCGCCAAAUGACGUCUGAGAAACGAGCGCAGAAAUUUCAUACUGAUGACGCGUCACUACCCAGAUCUGGGUAGUGCUUCUGAUUGGUUGAAUCAAAUUUCCCACGCGGCACGACCAAUCAGAAGCACUACGGGUAGUGACGCGUCAUCAGUAUCGAAUUUCUGCGCUCGUUUCUCAGACGUCAUUUGGCGGGAAAACCAGUGGUAGCGUCGCCAGAUGUCGGCUGUUUUCUCAGGGUAACUUAUCACUUGCGUUUUAUGGCGCUCAGUGUCAUCUACUCGAUAAGUUAGAGUCAUAAAGAAACUUGUAAGACUGGAUCUGUUAACAUUUUCCCUUUUGUGACAUGACUGUGUUGUUCCCGGCGCGUAGUCACUCGAAGAUUGUAUGUCGUAGCAUCCUCGGCCUGUACAUCCAUUAGUAAAUCGAUGUGUGUAAGCCUUGCCGAUGCCACUGUUUUUUACUUGUUUUUUCCCAGCAAAUAUACUAAAAGCGGCAGUUUCAUCCACGAUUCUUCAGGUUGCACUCUGUCCUUACUAUGUUCUUUGUUCAAACCAACCCUUAGCGAUUUCUUAGAGAAUAAGAAUGCAAUAUUAACAAUGUAAAAGUGACUCAGUCUUAAAGACUUUCAAAGAUAACGAGUCUUGCAAAUUGUCCAGUGUCUUCUAGAAUCACUUGGAUUUCUGCCAAUCAGACAGCUGAUCUCGACGGGAGCGUGACACUGGGAUGUACAGCGAUUGGGCGGCCAACACCCCGUGUUAUGUGGAAGAAAGAAGGGAGAAUUCUUUUAGAGAAUCAAGCUACUGCCAACAUCACUCUUAACAUUGCAAAAGAACACCAUGGUAUCUUCGAGUGUUGUGCAGUUAACAUUGUCGGAAAGGACACGAAAACUACGGCUGUUGAUGUCCGAGGUUGGGAUAACAAACAGUUUGUUUGAUUAUAUCAUUCGUUUCUCUACAAAAAGUGCCGGUAAUCAAAAAUGAAAUUGAACGUAGAUCUCAUCUAUUUUGGUCGUAAAAUACUGGACUAAAGACACAAAAUACUUUGCAAACGUACAGGUUUCUUUGAAAUUUUUUGACAACAUUGUUGGAAACGACUCGAAAUCUACGGCUGUUGAUGUCCAAGGUUGGGAUAACAAACAGUUUGUUUGAUUAUAUCAUUCAUUUUUUCUACAAAGAAUAACCGUAAUCAGAAAUUAAAUUCAAACUAGGUGUCAUCUAUUUUUGUUGCAAAACAUUGGACUAAAGACACAUAAUACCUUGCAAACCCAUAGGUGUCUUUGAAUGGUCACGCUGGAGAAAUAAUGGCAGAAAUCUUACCAGUACGUAGAAUCACAAGACAUUUCUUCAUAAAUGAAUUUAGGAAGGAAGUUCAUUCUUUUAAUUUGUACCAUUGAAAAGGAUUUGUGCAUUCGUCAUUCAAACUUUGGGUCGAUUCAAUUAGGAUUAACCUUAGGAGCUCGAAAGAGCUCAAUUCAAAGCAUACAUACCCUUUUGUGGUUCGAUGAGAAAGUGAUGAUUUGUAGGAAAAUGCAACAAGAGGAAGUUUUCUUUUUUCUUUUCUUUUUCUUGCUUAUAGGAAGCCCAAGGAAAACCUUCAUUAGGACAAACCUGCCUUACAAUGUGGCUGUCAAAGGACAGGUUGUUAUGCUUUAUUGCUCAUCUGAUGGUUUCCCAGAACCGGUUUGUCAGUUUUACAAGGAUGAGCAGUUAGUGAGCGUAAAUGGGAGUGGUUACAUUGUUCAGAACUUCACAGCGGCAGAUGAAGGUGAAUACACGUGCAAGUGCUCUAAUGUAGCUGGUGAAGACAUGGCUAACAUCACUCUUGUUUUAUAUGGUAAGUAAAUACUAAGAGGAUACCCUAAACUUUGGCAGAUUGAAAGACGUCCGUCUCAUUAGACCUAUGAAUAAAAAAAUCAAUUCAAGUCUUCGAUAAAGAUGGGGUGUAAAUCAGGAUGUUGAUUUUAAGUUAUCUGCCCAGUUUUACAUGCCACAGAAAACUUCCUGGCUUACAAGUCAAAAGGGGAACUUGCCGUUUUGCUCAAAGUAGGAACUUUUAAAUCGAUGAUGAGGCCGACAGAUCUAGAUUAUUUAUAGCCAUGAGACUUGUUUAAAAGUUGCAAGUUUUACUCUUGUUUUUAGAAGACUUGAAAGAAAGAUUGACAUGUUUAGUGGCAACAGCAUCAGCCCUGUAGUGCAAACAUAGACUGCUAGCAGUGUCUUAUUUUUCUUUUGUGUCACAGUAGAUCAAGAACACGCGCUCCUGUCUCCGCUCCAAUCUCUCCUUCUUUUACCAUUAAUUUGCACAAUUUUACGUUUUUGCUCGCCACUCGUGGCUCUGAGGAAAGAAGGACGACCGCUUGCGGUCUAUUAGAAACAUCUCAUGAGCUCUUUUUUGUAUUUUUACUUUCAAAUAGAGUCGCCACGUAUCCACUCCAUUGUUCCCGUUCAUCAGUUUGUCAACGAGACAAGUAACUUCACGAUUUUCUGCAAUGCCACGGGUUACCCACUCCCAAAAAUAAUAUGGAGAAGAGCAGGCAACAGCAGCGUGAUACUUUCUUCAGAAAAGACAUUGACAGUACAAAAUGUUGGCAAAUCGGACAUUGGAACCUAUGAUUGUACAAUCGUGAGCGUGAGUGGAGAGAAUGUUACUGCUGAAGCUUCAGUUGAGCUGGAUUUUUGUAAGUCUUUCCCUGAGAGGUGUUUUUCUUUCACCAAAUGGAGGAUUCGGAGAACAUAACUUCCCUCCACUUCCACCAGUCCUUCCCUCUUUAUAUAAUGAGCGGUUCCUUGGUAGUUCUUUUCUAAAAAUAAUGUUCAGAAACGCUUUUGUAAUGAUUCCUUAAGGGGAGUCGUUCAGCCUUUAUGUGUUUAACCGAUACAUCAUUAGGUAGCCUGUUUCAGGCUCCGAGAUAGUCGAGUCCGCGAAAUUGAGAAAGCGCGAUGGGGAACAGGAAAAUAAAAGGAGAGGAAACUUGACAGAGGAAGGGCGGCACCGCCCCCUUUUCCCAGAUCACGCACUCAUAUUUUCGCGUGUCUUUUAACUUACGCGUCAUCCCUACUAUCUGAGAGCCUGGAACAGGCUAGUCAAUAGGCCAUUUGUACGAUGGCCUCAUUUUACUACUACGACCAGACUCCUUUUCGCUUUUCCUUUCAUAUUUAAAUUUGGUAAUCCCAGUGAGGUUGGAAAAACAAAAGCUUUUAUUUACACUAGAAAGCAAAACCCUGAAGGAUUCUGGUCGUAGUAGUGAAAUGACGUCAUCAUACUAAUGGCCUAUUACUAAGCGAUGCUUUCCAGUUGUUGAGUAUUUUAUGUUGGUUUAUAACAAACCUACGAAUAGCGUGCACUGCGAUUGGUUAGCUCGGAGGUGACAAAAUACUACUAUAAUUUUAGGAUAGUCAUUUUACUGGUUUGUAAUAUUAAUAAUAAUAUUUAUUGAUUUGUUUUGCGCAAAUAUCAUUUUUUAAAAAAUUUCUUCUACGCAUUACAUAAAUUUCUCAAUUUCCUACUUAAAAAUCCUAUAUUAAUCUAAAAUAAAAUACACUCCUAGUAGACAUCCCAAUUCUUAAAACUCUAAAAACAAUGACCAAUCAUUCCUUAAGAUCCUAUUUAGAAAUCCUAUUUGAUAAUUUAGAAAAAUAAUGAUAAAUUAGCUAGGAAACGCCUUCUGAAACAUAUUAGCAGACUGUUUCAGCACCUCGGUAAGUAAUUGUUAAAUAUUUCUACUUCUAGUCUCACCAGUUUUUGAUAAAAUCCCUCGCAACAUCACUGUCCUGGAAGAAGAAAGACGCACUGUAACACUACGCUGUAAUGCCACAGGCAGGCCAACGCCAAGGUUGUCUUGGUUAAGAGUAAGAGACGGCGUCACAUUAGCCUCCGGAAAUAACCUACUUAUUACUAACGCUGACAGAUCAUUUCGCGGGGAAUACAGAUGUGUUGCAGACAAUGGUGUUGGCAAUCCAGUCUCUGUGUCAGCAUAUCUUGAUGUACAUUGUAAGUGGACUUCAAAAACGUAAUAAUAUUCAGUAGAUGUAUUGUCCAAUGCACUUCACUAAUCUAAUCCCAUGUAAGGACCUUUAUAUUGCAAUGCUGAGCGAGAAGGGGGAGGGAGGAAUACAGGCCAGAUUAAGUGCUCGAGCUGUUUUUAUUGCAGACAACUACAAAAGCACACUAUCAUCCGGGAACCUCCGAAUAUAUGACGAAACCUGCGACCGUUCAAAACUUUUUCUAAAAAAAAAUACGAAGUUUUUCAACCUAGAAAACACCAAACUAAUCCAUUUCUGUGAUACAACUGCCACCGCGCCGAGAAUGAGUUGGCAGUUGAGUCACAAACAAUUCUUUCCAGUCACUGAAUCGUUUGCAAUUCCGCAGAAUCAAAUAAAAUGCCAGCUAUAUCGCGUCACAGUUAGAUUAAGCGACACUUUCUUGGGGCAAUAUUUUCCCUCCUGUAUAAUUAUUAACCGUGGAAGUUUUUUUCAUUUGUAUUGCCGUAUUGCGAAGGCAGGAAGACGCUUCGGGAAAUUGCAUAAACAGUCCUAUAUACAAGGUCCUUGUAGAUACAACUUCUAGUUUGAGCUUUCUUCGACUACUUAAAAGCAUCGAAAUAAGUUGCGACCUUCUGAGAAUGAGUGAUUAUUUUCCUUAGAUACAGCGUCUUCCACAAGCCUGACCACCGAUAAACUGAAUGCGGUAGUUAUAGGGAAUGGUCAUAUUAUACUGACGUGCCUAACAGAUGCCAACCCACCUCCCAGUCAAUACCUGUUUUAUCAUAAUGGAGUUUACUUUAAGACAAGUCUGACGGGGAAACACCUGAUCCCGAAGGCUAAGUAUUCUGACGCCGGAACCUAUCUUUGUGCACCACUUAACAGUCUGGGAUUUGGAACGAAUGGCUCGGUCAUUGUUUCUGUCUAUGGUAAUUAUUCAAUGUAUCUUUGUUUAUUUUUCUUCUGGCAAACUUGACUAGCUUAUGUAGCUUGCGGUAUUGUUGCAGCUUGUCACGAGGAAUGAACCGUGUGCUACGCAGGCUAUACUCCUUGAUCAAAACGAGUAAGGAACUGUAGCAAUUUCACGCGUACGUAAAUGGAGUAUAUCUUCCAAAGAAUGUAUAAAAGUUGAGCCGUGAUAUCAAGCUGUCCACCAUCAGUCAGAUAAAUAAAAUGCACGUUAACACUCCUCAAGUUAUAUGUGUUACAAACAAAUCGUUAGCGUUGACACCAUAAGCUAUCCUUAAAGUGCUUUAUCACUAUAUCUCUUAAACUUACAUAAAAAAGUUAAAAAUUUCUUUAAGACAGCGAAUAUACCGUUUUACAGUUAUGAGCUUAGUACCCUAGCCUCUGAGUGAAUGUGAGGCUGAGGUUGACCUUGUUCUGAUACAAAUCUCUUCUUAUGAAAAUAAUGCGAAAAAUAAUAGUUAACGUUGUAUCAAAACAAGGUCAACUCCAGCCUCGUUUCCACCUGUAACUGUAAGGUGGACUAUUUAAUCAUGGGUAAAACAACCUACUUUAAAUAGAUUACUUUUCCAAUACAAUGAUUUUUAAACCUCUUAUCCAUUUCUAGGUGCUUUGUCGAUCAUUCGCUUCCCGCAAAACAAAACUGUGACCGAGAACGGAAGCGUAACAUUUUUCUGUAAUGCGACUUCCUAUCCUCCACAUGCAAUUCUUUCACCGCACAUCACGUGGAAUAAGCUGGGAGAUAAGAAUAAAGUGUUUCCACCGGGAGAGCAGCUUGUUUUACAGAAUGUUGGUCGGCACGAUGGAGGAACGUAUGUUUGCAAGGCGGAAAAUGGACUGGGAUUUCCCGACACAGCUGAUGCUGUUCUGAGUGUGCUACGUAAGUACAUUCAUGCUAUUAAUAAAAAAAAAAAAUAUGCGAAAGGAAAUAAGACUUACUGAGGCUCACUUUCACCUUCUUGUUUACAUAACAACGUCAGUUAACAGUGUCAGAGGAUUUUUCGCGAGAGAGCUUGUUUGCCAUAUCCUUGAUACUUCAAGAAUGGCAAAUGCAGCGACAUCUUCAUUAUGGUUCUCGACAUUUGUGGAGUAAACACAUCCGGCAGUUGAUAAGACGGUAUAGAGGGCGUUUGUGGCGGCGCAGGUGCUGCUUUCGUUUAAUAAUUAUGAUAGUUGUGAAGUAUCUAAUACAUUCAACCCCAUUGUCCAUCCUCUUCAGAUAAACCUUACGACACUAAACUGGAGGCUUCAGUUCCAGACAACAUUGGGGUAAUCAACUCGUCCAUCGGGUUAACUUGCACUGCGCAUGCCAACCCACCUGUUACCGCGUACAACAUUUAUCACAGUGGCAUCCUGGUUUCUAAUUCAUCCAGUGGAACUUAUAACGUAACACGUGCUCUUGUAGAGCAUAGUGGAUUCUACAUGUGUAUACCUUAUAAUGAUCUUGGUCGCGGAGGAAAAGCUUCUCUAAACGUUAGUUUUGUAGGUAAGCUAUAAAGUCAGAAAUACGCCACUUGCACUAAGAGGAAACGUGACCACUGCUUCCUUUAAACAAUGAGUUGGAAUCUUGCUGAUGCCAAAAAUUGACAGAGCACAUAAAAGUUAUCUUAUGCCUGAAAUUUGAGAGGAAACGAAUUUAAGGGAGAUAUUUUUUGGCACUUUGAUUUUUCAGCAAAGUAGUAUGAUUUGUACUGGCCGCCAUGUUCGAGUGCAUUCACUUGCCCUCCAACAAGGCGGCCAAAACUACUCUUUGCUUCUGACAGUUUCGCUCAGAUGUGCGGUAAACGUUACCACAUCAUCUUUUCAACAUUUGCCUUGAAGUUUAAGCGCAAAAUUUGUGUUCAGAAAGAGGUAAUUCGUAAAUUUAAAAAUCACAUUUUGGUCACGUGACCAGCUACAAACUUACUCAUUUUAAGAAAAUGGUGCGGGUUUGAAAAACCAAAUCACUAUUAUUUUGUUUAAGAUAUGACCACUAAUCGUUUUUCGAAAGCAAAAUCAUAUAAGUUUCAUUUUUAUAAAAAUGAUGUCACAAGACCUCCUAGUGCAAAUGGCCUAUUGUUUUGAUAUUGACGUACUGGAAGUGAAGUGAAUUAAACCAAGCUUUUCACCCUUAAAAUAAAGAUGAAAUACCUUGGGCCAUCGUUUUUAAUCGAGGAUUAUAUGGUAUUGCCAUGGGGCACCCCCAUACCAUUCACAAACCAAAAGCUUGGAGAAAUACAUAGCCUUCCCUUAGCAUUAGACAAUAGAGUGGCAAUAGAACAAGGCAGAGAUAUAUCUAUGAGAUUGAUGUGUAAGGCGAUAGUCCACAUCAACUCCACGUAAUACACAUAUGGGCCAAAGCUCUUCCCGUAUCAUUACCAAGCUUGGACCAUAUAUAUCCCAUACCAUUUGAUUUCAUAAGGGUUUAUAUUUUAAAACGGAAUGUUACCUACAAUCCACCUUUGAGAGAAUAACGGCAGUCCGCCCCGCUACAUCAAAAAAUAAAUUUUGAAAAUAUAAAAGCGCCAGUUAUGAGUAUUUGACCACAAGUCCGUUAUUCUUCUUUUACAGGUCCCUGUGGUGUUAAGCGGGUUCACGUUUCUUGGUCGCCGCAGAUCGUAGGAGGAGUGGCCGCUAAGCCAGGAGAGUGGCCAUGGCAGGCUCAGUUAAAAUACUCUGACGAUGGUGGAAACUCUUAUCACAUCUGUGGUGCAUCCAUUCUGGAUCAUUACUGGAUUGUUACCGCAGCGCAUUGCGUUGUGGGUAAAAAUACAACUAGUUUGAAUGUCACUGUUGGUAGGUACUCUGAACAGAGAGAUAUCGAUAGAAUGCAUUCGAUUAGCCUGCUUGGCAAGCGUCGAAAAGGCCCUGGGGGACUCCCAUAUGAAAAGGGCGGGGAUGCUCGUCGUCUUGCUUAGGGGUGUAAAACUCAGAUUUUGGUCUCGCUUAGGGUGUUCUGGGCAAAAAGACAUAGCCCUAAAGGUCUCUUCUAGGGUUGCACUCGAAGAAAUAUUGAAAAAUUAUAUAUCUUAAUUCGUUUUAUUUACUCGAUUCAUGUGCUCAAAGUUUAAAAUGAUCGCUUUUAGGUGCCACGCCCAGAUUGGUCUCCUUUAGGAGUUUACUUCAAAAUUUCCGACGAGCAUCCCCGCGCCUUUCAUGUGGGAGUCCCCCCGGGGCGAAAAGGGUGGGGCAGGCUAAUAUGCGAUCUGUUUGUGGCCUUCCUUUCAAAACAAUGUCUGAUGUGAGCAACACAUACCCAAAAGACCUAUUUUCAAAUGAAGGGUAGUGUAGGAGAAAUAAAGUUCAGCGGUAGUCGAAACUGACUUUAUAUCUUACAAAGGUAAUUUACCGCUGAGAAACUUUCAAGUUUGGGGAAACAAGAGCAACAUAUGUAAUGGAAAAUAUUUUUCAUCGUAAAUAAUGUGUAGUGUGAGCUUUAUCUGUUGUCGACUCUUGCUUAUAGAAACGUUUUUGUAAGGAAAAAGAAAAGAACGGGUUUCCACCGUAGUCAAGGUUUCUCCUUCAGUUCUGAUAACUAUUUAAUAAUCAUAAAUUGUGGCAUUUUGAAAUUUCUUUCCGUUAAUCCUCAGGAGAACUUGUCAGAGGAGUUUUCGAAGGAACUGAACAAAACCUCGCCGUAGAAAAGAUAAUCGCUCACGAAAACUUUAAUCAUCAUACUCUUGAAAACGACAUCGCUGUCAUGAGCCUCAAGCAGGCAAUUCUCUUCAACACACAUGCGUCACCAAUUUGCCUACCCAAGAUGGACUUCCCUAUUGGCACCACUUGUUACGUCACAGGCUGGGGUCGAUUGGGACCUCUUGGAUCGCCCUCAGUUGUUCUUCAAGAGACCACUGUUCCUCUUUUAAAUCACACUUUGUGCAAGAAGUAUUAUAGCAAGAAUAACAUAAACGUCGUGACAUCAGACAUGCGCUGCGCAGGGACACUUACACAAAGUCAAGGCACAUGUAAAGCGGACAGUGGUGGACCGCUGACAUGUGAACGAGGCGGCCGUUGGUAUCUGCUUGGUGUCACAAGUUGGACUAAUGGUGGCUGCAUGGAUCAAGGAGACCCGGGAGUGUUUGCCGAUGUUUUGUUCUUCAGGAACUGGAUUGAAAACAAUAUAAGGUCAAACACGAGAACAAGCGCUUAGAUUUAUUGGGAAGUUUUGAAUAAAUGGCAGGUGAUCAGAAUCGAGAUCACGCACUAAGGACAGCGAUAAAAUUUACACUCAAGUCACCAAGAACAGACAGAAAUAUCUUGAUGAAGAAGGAAUAUAAGGUGCUGGCCAACAUGUCUUCAUAGGUCCGGUCUUAUGUUGGACAGUUGGGCGGUUGGCAGUAUUCAGUACACGAGGAAGGUUUGCACCCUCAUCCGUACUCUCUCAAUGUUGGCCUUAAAUAGCAUCAAGGUAUUCCCAAUGGCGAAGUUGGGGAAAGAGGGGAUGAUACUACAAGAACGAGCAUUCUCGUAAGUGGAAUGCCCUCCUUGACAAACCCUGUUUGAACUCACCGCUCACAAAAAGCCAAAUCUUUCCGAGGGCCUUCGUUAGCAAGAUUUCUGAAAGACGUGCAUUCACUGCGUCGACUGUGAAACUAUAACAGCACCUACACAGGAAGUUAAGCAAGAGAUAUACUUUUAUUUUUUUACAUAUAGAAAUAGUACUUGUAGCGUUUGCAAAAUAAAUCAAAAUUGAUUAUAUUUUGAUUUUAUAUUGAGACGGAGAAUUAUUUUUUAGAAAAAAAAUAUUUACUAACUGACGAGAACGAUAUUCUGCUAACACACAUUUCAGUUGUCGAUUGUAUUUAUUACAAACUAAUGAUGUAUAGAUACAACACGUAUAAAGUGUUCAUAGCUAUUUUGUGGCAGUUUCUCUGUUCAUGGUUAAAUAUUCUUGGCCUGUUGAUCCGGGCAAAAUCCUUUCCAUUUGCCGUUUUAUGGUGCCUCGGUGUCCCGUGACUGUCAAGCCUUUGGUUUUAUUAUGUCAUGAAUUUCUGUUCGAGUUCUACUUUGUGACAUGUAAUCUCACGUGGUUUCUGUUUUCUUUUAUGGCGUUUUCUGUGUAUGGUGUGCAUUCAUGUUCAUAUAUUAGAUGUUGUGCUCUUCUUUUUUAAUGACCUUACAUGAAUUCUGGUGCGAUUCCUUGACAGGUUUGUGGACAUAUAGUGUCUCGUUUAUGUUACAGUAUUUUAUUUUAGACAUGGCAGAAGGACUGACUUUCUUCAGCACUUUAAAGUGGUUGUAAGAGGUUCACUUACUUAAUGCGAAGGUUUUUAAACAUAAAAUAUGGAACAAUUGAGUCAACAUUGAAUGAUAUAAUCUCAACCCUGCAGUGUUAUUGACUUUGUCAAGUUUUGUUUUGUUUUACCGCUGAGUUCAUUAAGUUUACCGCCCGGUGCAGCAGGAUCGACCUAAGGACUCUUUCUGAUUCUUACACAAAGUUCUCUUUUAUGUUGUUGAAAAUUGUUAAGGCGUGGAAGAAGGAUCGAAGUAACUGUGGGAACUCUUGGUCGAAAAUAGAGAAGUUGGAUAGUACAAGAAAAUACUUUAAGCUGAAAUGAUAUACCCAAGAAAAAUUUCGGCUUAUACCUUCGAAAGAGAGAAACAUUAAAACACGCUCGGCGUAUCCACGAGUUAAGAACUUUUAAUUAAGGUAUUUGCGUUCAUGACAUAUCCUUUCAAACUUCAUGUUACUGAAAACGUUCUGUGUUUUGAAACUUUUAGCGUUGUCUCGUGCUCAUGGUAUUUCUCGAAUAGUGGGUAAGCUGGAUUGAAUUUCUCACCAAUCUGGAUUAAUUUCUUUGCUAUUCACUUAAGUUAUACGAGGGUGUUAUCACUUGUGUAAACAUUCAAUUAAAAAGUCACAAACCUAC